AUGCCGAGCCCAGUAUCUUCUCGCACAAGCUUGUCUUCAACCCCGUUGACUCGCACUUCGACGAGCUCUUCAUUUAUUACGGGCUUUCCUUCGAUCGUUUCUUCCAGUUCAUUUUCUGUUCCCUCUUCGGAUACUUCUUCUACUCCCUCUUCUGGUUCUUCCUCCGGUUCUUCAUCCUCCUCGCCCUCUGGCUCGUCUGGUAAAUCGGGCUCGAAUCUAUCAGAGACGCGACCCCACUCCAGCGCAACAGCGCUCGAUUAUUUGACUACAACCCUGGGUGGAUCAUCCAGUACAAAGUCAUUAGAAGGAUCAAGUGUGGGUGUGCCUAUUACUUCAACAUAUAUCUCAACGUAUACUAUUACGACAACUUCGCCCGACUCGACGACAUACUUCACUACUGAGACUAUCACCUACAGAACAACAAUUUGUCCCGAGGGUUCCGAACCUAUAGCUUCUAAAGGUUCAAGCACUACUCACAUAAGUGUGACUCAGAACGCCCACCCCCAGCAUACUACUACUAUACAGACUGCUGGUGCUCCAGCUCAGGAAUCUGAGACCAGUAAAUUCACUGUGCAGCUGACCGCAGCCUCCACUCUCUCGCUUACCCAUUCAAUUGCUCCCAGCCACGAGAAAACCGGCUACCAUACUCUUUCCGCUAUACCGCAAGAUUCGACCCCAUCGUCUAGUGAUCAAAAAUAUGAGUUCGUAUCCUCUAGCUCCAGCAAAGCCACUCCUUACACCACAAAGAUUAAUUCGGUCUCUGGAGUAUCGGCCUCUUCUAAGACAACGAGUUCCUACGAGGCCGUCUGGACUGGCGAGGCUUCUAAGAUGGGACGUUUCUCUGCCCUGUUUACCGUGGUGACUAUGUUUUUCACUCUCCUUUUCCUUUAG